UGUGUGUGUGUGUGCGUAGCUAUGUAUUUGAGUCUGCGUGAGCGGCCAUUGUUGUGCGGUGCGAAAAAACAACCCCGAAGCGUGCCUCUCGCUCACACAGACAGAUAGGCAGCAAAUCAAUGAAUGAAGCAGGCAACGGAUGCUCUCAAUGUGUGUGUGUGUGUGCGUGUGCGUGCGUAGGUAGGCCGCUAGGUAGGCCUAUACUGCCAGGACCUUAACGCUCAUUGAAAAAAAUCUCUUUAAAUUGUGUGCCGCUCGACUGAGAGAGCUCAGUUCGAGUUGAGAUCUUGCAACGCACACACACCGCUCCGCCUACGCAAUUGCACGCCAAGUGUUCCUCCGCCCAAGUGAAACAGUGAAUUUUCAUAUAAGAAUAAGAAACAACGAUUAUGUCGACAAUUAACAUGCAUCCACCGCAAACGUACUCGCGCCUGUUCCGUCCCUGGGAUACGCAACGCCAGAUUCCAGCAGCGCCCGCCAGGGCCGUGAAACGUGAACGUGAGCCCGAAACAGUGACCAUCAAAACGGAGCUGCCCAGCAGCAGUAGCUGCUGCUAUGGACAGGAUAGCGACCGCGAGUCCUCCUCAUCCUCGUCGAGCAGCAGCAGCCGGAGCAGCAGCAGCAGCAGUAAAUCCAGCUAUGAGGAUGGCCUAAACAACAGCUACACUCGCACAUCGACUCCUCUGCUAGAUGCCACGCCCCAGCCAGCAUUUCCAGCCACCUCAGCUGUGGCGCCACAGCAGCUAUCGCCGCAGCCAGCGCCUUUCAUGCCCGCCAACGACUUGUACUACGCCGCCGCAGCAGCUGCUGCCGCUGCCGCCGCCAAUACCCCAGCCGCAGCUGCCUUUGGCAUGGACCCGUUCACGCUGGGCCUGAUGGAGCAGGAGUACGCUCGUGUCAUGGCCGAGGAUGCCCAGCUGAAGGCACUGAAUGCCCGCAAGCAGCGCCCAAAGAAAUUCAAGUGCCCCCACUGCGACGUGGCCUUCUCAAAUAAUGGCCAGCUGAAGGGACACAUCCGCAUUCAUACCGGCGAACGACCAUUCAAGUGCGACGUAGAAACCUGCGGCAAGACCUUCACACGCAACGAGGAGCUGACCCGGCACAAGCGCAUUCACUCCGGUCUGCGUCCGUAUCCGUGCAGCGCCUGUGGCAAGAAGUUCGGACGACGUGACCACCUCAAGAAGCACAUGAAGACGCAUAUGCCGCAAGAGCGUCAGCUGGGACCGGCCAUCUUUAUGCCCAUGUAUCCAUAUCUGUAUGGCUACUAGGCAGCUGACCCCCACUCCAGCCCCAGCCCCAGCCUCAGCUACUAUUACAGCUACAGCUUCAGCGAUCUGUGAAGCGCUUGCACGCAUUAAAAACGCAACAACCAACUACCAACAAACCAACCAAGCAACAAGAACAA